CCGCCGCCGCUCCACGGCUCGCGCUCGUGUUGUUGUUGUGUGACACAACAGGGCGAGAGCGGCGCACAGGCGAGGCCCAGCCAGCAGACGGCGACGCUAUGCACGCGCUGUUCGGGGACCAGGGCGCCUACUACCGGCAUCCGGGCGCCGCCUACCACCACCAGGCGGGCGCCGCGCCGCCCCCGCCGCCCACCUACCAGUACUCGGCGGCCGCCGCCGCAGCGGCCGCGGCGGGCGACCAGUACCCGCGCUACGGGUACGCCGCCGCCGGGUACCCGCUGGCGGCGGCGCAGCACCACCACCACGGGCCCGCCAAGGAUAUGGUCAAGCCGCCCUACUCAUACAUCGCGCUCAUCGCAAUGGCCAUCCAGAACGCGCCCGAGAAGCGCAUCACGCUCAACGGCAUCUACCAGUUCAUUAUGGAGCGCUUCCCGUACUACCGCGAGAACAAGCAGGGCUGGCAGAACUCGAUCCGGCACAACCUCAGCCUCAACGAGUGCUUCGUCAAGGUGCCGCGCGACGACAAGAAGCCGGGCAAGGGCAGCUACUGGACUCUCGACCCGGAUUCGUACAACAUGUUCGAUAACGGAUCGUACCUGCGCCGGCGGCGGCGCUUCAAGAAGAAGGACGCGCUCAAGGAGAAGGAGGAGGCGCUGAAGCGACAGCAGGAGCAGCAGCAGCAAGGGGCGGCAGCGGCGGCGCAGCAGAAGGCGGCUCUGGCCGAGCCGCACAAGCUCAAGACGGAGUGCGUCGUGGCUAAGGCCCCCAAGCGCGAGCCGCUCGAGCUGAGCACGUGCAAGUACCCCGACGUGAAGCCCGCCGUGCUCGAGCAGCAGCAGCAGCAGCAGCAGCAGCAGCAGCAGCACGAGGCGGCCGCCUUCAGCGUGGACAGCCUGAUGACGGCCGGCAGCGUGGCCGGCAGCGCCGCCAUGUACCCGUACCACCACCACCACCACCAUCACCACCACCAGUACCACGCGCAGCCGCCACCGCCCGUCACGGUGGCGGCGGCCGACCACCACGACCAGUUCCGCACGCCGUGGUACGGCUCCCCGGACGCGGAGGCGGUCGCCGUGGCGGCGGCGUCGCUGUUCGACGGCGGCGGCGGCGGCGGGGGCGGCGGCGGGGGCGGC